UAUUUCUGUAUACUCUACUUUGCGUCAUAAAACGUCCAUUUUUUUAAAAUUACCAACACUUUUGUGUAUACGGGCUACGUACAUAAUGUUUUUUGAUUGAUUUGACUUUUAUUUACCUCAUGUUAAAUAUAAAAAAAAUGCUUUUACGGGUGUUUUACUCACGACUGACGGCGGGGGUCUUGAUGGUGGUUUGUGCGGCCGGCGAGGAGCUUGGAGAGGCGGGCUGACUUCCUGCUGUGAUCCACAGGUCUAUUCAAGAUGGCCGCCCGAGCGUAGACUUCACACUUCUACCAUCAAAAGUCAUUUAAAGCGCACAUCUCUCGCCGACCAGCUUGAACAUGAGUCCACUGUGGCGACGAUGGCGUUUGCCAGCACGACGGAAUAUAUGAGCCGUGACGAGGAGACGCCGACCGCAUGAUGGAAGACUAAAGCAGGCGUUAGGACAUCUGGGGAGAGAGAGGACGUCGGUCGGCAUGGACAGCUUCUUCAAGGCGGCCGUUUGUGAUUUGGACAAACUUCUCGAUGACUUUGAGCUCACUGCAGAAGAACAUGACUGCUUGGCGGUUUUCCGGAAGCCUCCAGCGCUCCAGUUGUCCCCUUCGGGUUCCUCAGAGGCGUCCAACGUCCCGACUGACCCCCCCGAUCUCAGUUCUCUUCACUACGGUGCCGGGUCCAGCUGUCCAAACCACGCAAGUCCGGGUUGUGGCAGCGAGGACAGGGAGGUCACAGGUCUGCCUCUGACUGGAGUGGACCUGCUGUCCUCUGUGGAUUGCGGCUCGUCUCAAAGCUCAGCUCCUCCCUGUCCAGACAGAACGCUGAAGCCCGUGUGCGACCUUGUAAACGACACAAGCUCAGCCAUCUUGGUCCGAGCCAACAGCCACGAUGCCUUUAGCGAGCUGGACUGCGCUGAGAAGCAACUGGAAAAAGAGGAGCUGCUUGUGGACUUUGACAGCCUCGCUAAGGUGGAGGUCCUCAGCGAGGAGCAAGGGGAUCUGAACUCAAACUGUGAGCAGGACUCUCACGAGCAGCUCGAGAAAUUCUCAUCCUGCUUCAGUCUGCUGGAUGUUAUUCUCCCUGCAGCUGGAGAGACGAGCACAGAGUCCCCAGCUGACUGUCUUUCAAAAGCUCUGGACAACACAGAGGAGGAAAUCUACGAGGAUGUCCAAGAAGACUUGCUCGCUCAGCCAUGUGAGCAGGACCACCAAGGACCGCCUGAUUGUACCCGAACUUCAAGCACCUCAGGAGAUGUUGACUGUACAGAGCCAUCAGAGUCUCCAAAAGUUUCAGACUGUGAAUCUGAUUCUGUUAGUGGACCUCAACUGGAUCUCCAGCUUCCUGGAGAGCAAGGUGAGGAUGUGUCGGAAGACACAGAGGCAGACGCCGCCGUGUCAGCUGUGGACGUCAGGCAGGAGGACGCUCCUUGCCCCGAGGAACCUCUUGACUCAUUAUCCGAGCAGCUGUACCCAGAGGGCCAGCAUCCCCCUUUAGAACUUUGUGCCGCCGUCUCUCCUGCGGAACAAUUGUCCUCAGACCUCUCAGAGCCGAGCCCGGUGGAUCCUCCUGAGUUUGGCUUUGAGUAUCUUCCAGAGAGCGACCAGGCUGAGCUCCUGGUCACGGAUGAAGAGUUGGAUGCCUUUCUCCAGGCCCACGCUGAGGCCGAACAGGCCAGAGGGACGUCUUGCUGCAGCACUUCUGCAGAUGUUCUCCAACUAAACCGGGAUGUGGAGGAGGUGCUUACAGCCGAGGAGCGGAGGAGCUGUGGGCACCCCUCACGAGAAGAUGUAGAAGGUCUGGCCUCUCCAGAAAGUGACAGAACCAUGUGUGAGUAUGCAUCAUCUCAAGACUCUUGUCCACCCUAUCAAGAAGAACCAGAACCAUCCUCUAGAGGGAGCCUUUCCUCCACCAGCAAUACUUCUCAGCCCAGCAGCUCUGAUCCUCAGAUGUCCUACGGAGGGGCCAGACCCAAACAGUUAGUGUGCCCAGCGGUGAGAUGCACAUCGUCAGCAGAGGAGGAUGAAGAGGUGCCUGCCGUUUCUUCUUCUUCUUCUUCUAAACCUGCGGAUGAAGAAAGGCCAAACACCAGCCACAGUAUUCCAGCACAUUCCAACACCAGCGCCCUCUUCGUCGCCCAGGGGCCCCCAGAUUACACGACCGUCUGCGAUGAACUUUCAGAGCCCCCGCCUUAUCCCGGCGAGCCUUCCACAGCCGCCGCUCGGCCAAACAGCUGGAAAAGGGACGCCAUGGAGGAACUGGGGAGCUGGCAGCCCGACUGGGUGCCUGACUCGGAAGCCCCCAACUGCAUGAACUGCUCCCAGAAGUUCACCUUCACCAAGAGGCGGCAUCACUGUCGCGCAUGUGGGAAAGUGUACUGCGCGGCGUGCUGCAACAGGAAGUGCAAAUUGAAGUACUUGGAGAAGGAGGCGCGCGUGUGCGUGAUCUGCUUCGACACCUUGCACAGAGCCCAGGCACUAGAGCGGAUGAUGAGCCCCACGGGGCCCAAUCCAAACCCCAACGUACCGUCUGAGUACUGCAGCACCAUCCCGCCCCUGCAGCAGGCCCGCGCCGCCGGCACCCUCAACUCUCCCCCGCCCACAGUCAUGGUGCCCGUGUCGGUGCUCAAGCACCCAAACAACGACGGCUGUCCUCGCGAACACAAACGGGUCUGGUUCGCGGACGGCAUCCUGCCCAACGGCGAAGUGGCGGACACCACCAAGCUGUCGGUGGCAAACCCCCCAAGGAGCACACAGGAGUUUGUCGGCGCUCCGACACAAACCACGCCAACCUCCACAGAGUCAGAGGGCGGCGGCGGCAGGGCAAGCCCGGAGGUUCCGGAGGUUCCGGAGGUGGCGCCCCCUCCUGCAUCUGGUCCCUGGCACUACACCCUGCUGGCUGGACUUGGUUCUGCAGUGAGGAGGACCUCGAGUCUGCUGCCGGAAGGCGAGGACCAACUUCCCCCUCUGCUCAUCACCACCGGGGAGGACGGAGCAGGAGAUGCCUUAGUGGAGGAAAGCCCCGCCCCUUGCCAGAUUCGCCACCUGUUAGAGGAGGGAGGUCCCCGACCUUUGACGUUCGUCCUCAACGCCAACCUGCUGGUCAACGUCAAGUUGGUCACAUACGGCGGUCGCCACUGCUGGUGCUUUGGCUCCAACGGGCUGCGGGCCCUGGGCCAGAAAGAGCUGGUCUUCCUGCUGGAGUGCGUGGCGGAUGAAAGGAGCCUACCCAGAGACAUCUUCACGCUGUGUCUCAACGUUCAGCAGGACGCACAAAGAGGCAAGUUUGUGGAGGAGAUGGACAACGUGACUUUCACCAGCAGUUUCCUGGGCAGUAAAGAACAUGCCGGAAUGCUCUUCUUCUCUCCAACUUGUCAGCCCCUGGAGGACCUCACUCUCCCCUCACAGCCCUUCCUCUUCGGCCUUCUGAUUCAGAAGCUGGAGGUUCCUUGGGCCAAAGUCUUCCCCCUCAGGCUUCUUCUACGGCUUGGAUCUGAAUACAGCGUGUACCCCACAACCCCCGUUAGUGUGCGUUUUCGCCAGUCGGUGUAUCGAGAGACCGGACACACCAUCAUGAACUUACUGGCUGACCUGAGGAACUACCAGUACAGUCUGUCAUCUGUGGAGGGUCUGAGGAUCCACAUGGAGAUGGGCCACAGCUACAUCGACAUCCCAAAAAGCAGCUUUAACGAGAUGCUGAAGGUGGUGACCGGCUCCAACGAGCACGUCAUCAGUAUCGGCGCCAGCUUCAGCUCGCAGGCCGACUCCCACCUGGUGUGUGUCCAGAACGAAGACGGGAGCUACCAGACGCAGGCCAGCAGCAUGCCCGGCAAGACACGCACAGUGACGGGGGCCAGCUUCGUGGUCUUCAACGGCGCGCUUAAAGCCUCGUCGGGAUUCAUCGCCAAGUCCAGCAUCGUGGAAGACGGCCUCAUGGUCCAGAUGCCUCCGGACACGAUGGACGCCCUGCGCACGGCUCUGCGCGAACAGACCGACUUCCACAUCGCCUGCGGGAAGACGGACGGAGGGGAAAUCCGGGAAAAUGUCACCGUGCGUUGGGUUGACUGGACGCCACCUGUCAACACCGGGAUGACGAGCGGCGUCGACGGGCGAAGUCUGGAAGGCGUGUGGAGUGCGAGAAUGCAGCAGGAUGCAGAGUUUGAGUGCGAUGGUCAUGUCAUCAGAUGCUCUGAGGUUUUUUACCAGCUUACGUCGCCGGACUGCACUCUGGCGUCCGUGCUGGCGUCCUGCAGCGUUUUCCAGAAAGAGAUGGCGAUGGCCGCGUGCGGCGCCCUGACUCGCCAUCUCGCCGUCCUCACCGCCAGCGGCAUCAACACGCUCAGCCUCCGCGUGUCGACACGCGGCGACAUGGUGGAGUACCAGGCAGGAUGUGGAGGACGACUCCUCGCUCAGCGCUACAUGAACGAGCUGGACAGCGCGCUGAUCCCCGUCAUCCACGGGGGCGGGGCCAGUGUGCCGCAGAGCCAAAUGGACAUGGAGCUGCUCUUCUUCAUCACGCACAGUAUAUGACAAGGGGGACACUACGACGGCCGGUAAGGUAGUUGCACGCGCAGUCGCCACAUCAUAGUGGAACCUUUUGGAGGGCAGUGGCCUUGGAACACCAAAGCUGCUUUAUCUGACCCAACAUGAGGCCCGAAUCUCAAGCUUCAUUUCCCUCCAUGCUGCCUUCAAGGCUGGCGCCUUACUGAAUGUUCCACCGUAGCCAACGGGGUCCCCUCCGACUGUCACAUUGAGGAGUGUGUGAGCACAUGUUUGAAAACACUACUCCUUUGAUGGAAUUCUACCGUCUGGAGCGCCGGAGCGUUGACGCUUCAGUCGGGGCCCGAAAGUGAAUGUGAUCAUUUAGCAGGAUGAAUGACUUCCCCAUCUCAAGCACUACAUUCAGGGCUUAGCUUAGCAGCAGCACAGCCAGUGCUCAAAAGUGACAAAAUCUCAUCGCAAGCAAAUAAAACCACCCUUUUAUUUGUUGUUAGUGACAAAACGACUGACUCGCUGGCUCCCCCCGUGGGGAACCAAGUGGCAUUACACGUAAAAACAUAAUCAGCGGCAACAAUGGGGGGAAAAAAUGGAAGAUGUUGGUGGAUUUUGUCACAUUUGUUUGAAACAUUUUGUGGCUGCUGCUGUUCCUCAGCAUGCAGACAAACGGUGCAAAUGUUUUUAUGGUACACUAAAGGUUUGUGUAGAAUGUAGCAGCUUCCAAGUCACACGGUCACCAGCGGCGCAUCAGCGGAGCGCCAUGCAACCUGCUCCGCCAAGCUUAUGCACGUCAUGUUCCAGCUUUCAGGCCAAAGUUCAGUUUUUUCUUCCUCCUUCAUCUCAACUUAUUUUUAUGUCCAUACCUUCUGAAAAUAUGCAUAUAGAUUUUCUUUUUUUUUUUUUUUUUUUUAAAUAUUGAAGAUUUAUUUUUGGAAUCAUUGGUGAAAAAAGCUUAAAGAAAAACGACAUAUUUUUGAUAGGCUGACAAGGAUUCGUCGGGAGGAAAUAAAUGUCCGAUUCAUUCCAGAAUAAAGCUAAAUAUAAUAUAUCAUGGUGGAAAGAAUGACAAAAAAAGACUUUAAUUUUGAAAUGUCAAGAGAUAAUAAAAGUGUUUGAAACCACCA